AACGAAGAGAACGUCUUUAAUUUACUUAUUUUAAAUAAUAAAUAAAGGAAAUCAAUUAAAAAAUGAUGAAAUCUUAAGUCGACUACUUGUAGAUGAUUAAAGAAUUUGUACAUCACUAGUCAUUCGUAGAAGUCUCCAAAAGACAAGAAACCCGAAAAAAGUGUAAAAACAAACCUUGUAAAGAUUUAUUUUGUGUUGGUGUUCGUGAGUAGAGAAGCAUGCACAUUUUUAUACAUAGUCUAACUAAUACCACGGCACUCGUGUCAAAGUGUGUGCCGUAUUUUUGCAGUACAUAUUUGUAUGGUUUAUUAAUUACUCUUUCGAGUUUUGUACAGUUUAUACCAAAAAAUGUGAUUGAAUAACACGCAAUUAGUCUGUGUUGUUGAAUCUAGACCAACGAUGGAAAAGAAAAAGUCUCCAAACUGAAUAAAAGCGAUUUAACAUAUUCUGUUAAACGAGUGCUUCCCGCGUUUUAUUAUUCGUCUAUGUUGAAUAGAUAAAUCAUGUUAACAGAGGCAGCCGCAGUGACAGCGAACAAUCCGCCUAAAAAAACUAAAAAUUCUUCGAUUAGUAUAACCCCUGUCAAGAACUCGGUCGGUGAAAGUAUAGCACUAAGUAUCACACAAAAGCCUCGAUCAAUACCAAGUGGCAUUACUGUCACGACUCAUCAGAGUUCCGCAGGUGCGCCGACAAAACAUCCGAACGAUGUUGCUGACGAGUUUUCUACAAAUUCUUUGCAAUCAGCGUUUUCGUCAGCUUUAGGACUGCCUGCAAUUAGGAACAAUGUGAAUAAUUUUGAAAGACAAGCGCCUACACCGCCCAGACAACAAACUCAACAACAUCGUAAGAGGAAAACUCCAACGCCUCCUCAACUUCGUUCAACGCAAGUGAAACCAUAUUCACAUAUGUCUAGUUCAUCAUUACUCUCACCGGCCGCUUCAGCUACCACAAUGGCACCUUUGCCGCCCCUAAUGCCCGCUAUAUCGAGCGUUCAUUCACUGGGUACGGCUGGAAAUACACCACCUUUACAAUUGUUAGCAACGCCGCCGCGAACUGCUGGUGGAUUUAAUUCCCUCAAUGAUCAACUCAUGAUAAAUCCCCUUAUGAUGCACACAAAUCUUCCACCUAAUACAACGAUUACAGCCCAACCAUCGUCACACAGCCAAAAUAACGUAAAUACUAACUUCAAGAUACAUUUACCACCAAAAUCGAACAGUACGCCAUCACCAAUCGCUUCACCGUCUUCGUUAGCAUCUCAAACGCCGUCACCUCAACUGGUCACUUCACCGACACCAUCAAGAACGGAAAAGCCAGGCAGACGUAUAAAACCAGAGACUAUAGUGAAAUCGUCGGACGAAAUUUGGCAGCAAAAGAAACAAAAAAAAAUCGGUGCACCCUCUAAAUCUCUUGUUUCCCUGAGCGACGAUGUCGUUAUUGAAAUGUUGCCGCCAAUUGCAGAAUCUCCUAAGCCUAACCGAACAUGCACUACGUCUCCGAGUAUACCGAAAAGUGGCAAAUCUCCAGACAUUAUUGUAUUAUCUCCAUCCACUAAAACACCGGCAAAAACUGCGGCCAUGGAUCUCUCCAAUUCACUCGAGCGAAAUAGCACCCCAACUGUAGUUAUCGAUUUAGCUGAUACUUCACCGAGUACGCAAAAAUUAAAUGGAGAUGCCACUAUCGCAGAUGGAGCAGUCAUACCUGAGAAGCCUUCUAGUGAUAGAAAUGGUAACGCCGGAACGGAAAAGCCGAAGAGUGAACAAAAAGAAAAGCUGACGAAACCCAAAAUUCCCUUGGAGUCAGAAUAUGAAGAAUUAAUUAAACUUUGCCGACAAAUUGAACCGUCCGAUGACAUGGAAAAACUCAUAAAAACCAAAUUGAUCAAAUAUUAUUAUGAAGUGCAUCCGGAUUUUGUUAAAUCGAAAAGUUUUCGGAAAAGUGUUCGACGCGUUAUCGAAGCAAUUCGUACGGAACCGGAUUUGAUGUAUUACAACUUGAAAACUAUAGUGGAAGAAUUAAAAAUAAGACGCAAAAGUCACCCCAUAGAAGUGGAAAAUGAAGAGACUGAAAUAAAGGUUAAAAACGAUUUGCAGAGCGAAGAAGAGGAGGCGCCGCCCGCAAAUACACAAGCGACGGAUGUCAUGUCUACUGGGAAUAAAAAGACCGAUGAGCAAAUACGAAAACUUAACAAAGCCUUGUAUAUACUAACUAAACGUAUAAAGGCCUUAGAACAGGCGGAAGUCGAAUGGGAUAAUGAUGAUGAAGACUCAACAUUCCUACAAAUGGAACGGUCCAAAAAAAGGGCUUAUCAAAUCUAUGAAAAAAUCUGUGAUUUAACGGGGGAAAGUAAAAACGCACAUCGCUUGGUCAAAAAGCCCAUCAAAUUCAAUGGCACGCGAAUCCCUCAAUUCAAUAAAACAUUGCAGGCAUUCAUUAAUCGCACAAAAGAAUUCCCCGAUUAUUUUGAUGUCAUGCGUAUGCUGGAGCAUUGCAAUCGUACUUACGACUUGGGCUUAGUAAAUUUUGAAAUUAAAAAUAUAGCGGAGGACGCUUUCAUAAAAGUGGGAAAAUUACUGCAAAAACGGCGUAAAACAGAACUGUAUGAAACCUUGAAUUACUUUGCAGGCACCAAUAAAGAUCCCGCCACUUAUGAUCCCCUCUUGGCCGCCAAGCUUAAUGAGAAUCAACAAAAUCAGAAGAAAAUCAAUGACAUUUUAGAAAAGUACGUUAGGCAGCAAGAAAUGCCAGCGGACAAUGGAGAACGAGGGGAAGAAGCUGAAGAUGCAAUGGAAGAGAAGCCUACCACUUCCAAAAAUGUUUACGUUCAAGGCGCUAAGGAUGCGGAGGCAGUCUCAGAGAUUAUUGAAAACGAAGCCCUCGAUCUUAAAGUAGAAGCUGAAGAUGACUUUGAAGAGGAGGAGGAAGACGAUGAUGAAGAUGAAGACGAAGAAGUCAAUUUGGAAGAGCAUGUAGAAACCUUAGCAAAUGGUGAUUUAUCUGAUAAUGACUCCGACAUAGAAAUCAUAGGCAAACCAACUCAGUCUUCGGAUAACAAAAAAGAAACUGAUGAAAAGCUAAUAUCAUCGGCGGAGUGUCCUAAAAAAUGUGAUAUUAUAACGACUUUAGAAAAGCAGCAGCAGCAGCCGCAGCAGCAGGAAGAAGCACGUACAAUUGUGGAAAGUGCUCCAAUUGCUGAUGAGAGCAAUAGUGUAAAUAAUAAUAAAGAAAAUCUUAAGACUGCAAACGUUAUAGAAGUGGAAAUCCCUAAGGCAACUAAUGAGCAAUUGUCAACGGGGACGUGUUCCUCAUAUUCUUCUGCUUCAAUAACGCCCAAUGGUAAGCUUAAAGAUAGUAACAAUGCAAUGCAAUUGGAAAUUGAAACUGCUACCACCACCGUCAUCACCAGCAAGAGCACCGCAACAGCUGACUUAAAGAUUGUGACUGUUUCUAGUCUAAAUCCACAACAAAAUCAAGCAAUAUUGACGGAUAGUUCGUCAACUACUUGCGCACCUGCCAUUAAUAAAUCAUUGGAUCAAAUUGUUAUAUCCGAUGAAGAAUCAUAGUUUAGAUAUGAUAAGAAACUUGAGAAGCUGGAAGCUCUCAAAAUCAUUUCAAAUCCAAAAUAAAUAUUUUUCUUUCUUGCAAUUUUUAGAACGAUAACAAAAUCCUGAUCCCCCCCUUAUUACAUUUUCUUCUAUAAAUAAUAAUUUAUGUUCAUUUCAUCCAUAAUUAUAAGGCUUUCAAUU